AUGCCAAGCGAUAAUCCUAACACCAUUUUACAACUUAAUAAAUCAAAAACUCAACACGUUCAACCAUCAGCACCCAUGAUAUCUCAUUCACAUAUUUCAUCGUCUACUUUGCCUCAACAACCUGCAUCACCAACGAUAAAAACAUUAUCUCGUGCACGUACAAUAUCCAGUACUGACUCGGGAGAAACAGAUUCAGUAACCGAUCUCCAUAAACCACUGAAGUUGACUAACAGUGCCAUAAUAAAACCGGACAAUAGACGAAAUAGUGAUUUAAAUAAAACGCAUCUACAUGGAAAAUAUUCUUUACAAUUAAGUGAUGAACGACGAAAUUCAACGCCAGCAUUACAUUUAUCAACAUUAUCUUCGUUACAUUUUUCAACACUAUUUAAGAAAAAACAUAAACAACAAAAGUGA